UGGUAGUGGCAACAGUAGUAAUUGUAAUAGUAGCAGAGCCAGCGCCGGCGCAGGCGCAGGUCCAGAAGAAAAGCAGCUGACCGCAACGCCGCCACUACGCAGGACUCGCAGCCAUAAACAGCUGCAAAAGGGGCACGGGAAAGGGCACCAAAAGGUGACUGGUACAGCUGUUGGAGCAGCAGGCAGUAGCGGUGUCCGACGCACGCAAGCUGCUUCAGCAGCAGCGAGCGCUGUUGGCCAGGGCUGUGAGUUGACGAAAACUAUGGCGGAGACGGGCUGCAAGCAUUUCCAAGCGUACGUAAAGGAGCAAACCUUGGAUACAUUUCGCGUAAUUGAUGCAUACUUUUCGGCGUGUGUGAAUAAGGAUGCGCGAGAGAAAAAGGCGCUUUCUUGCUGUUGCUUUGAGUGCGGCAGCUAUGGACUCCAAGUGUAUGCCUGCCUGCAUUGCAUCUACUUCGGCUGCCGUGGCGCUCACAUCGCUACACAUCUACGUGCGAAAAAGCAUGCAAUCGCAUUGGAGCUAUCACAUGGCACUCUGUAUUGCAACUCUUGUCGGAAUUUCAUCUACGAUUCCCGUUGCCGCGAGAUAGCAACUGUCAAUAGGCGCUUGGAGGCAAAAGAUAUAAGCAAGAGUCUCAGUUGGCAGCCGUGGAUACCGACGCCUAAGGAAACAAAUUUGCUGCUGGCCAACCCGCGACGUCGGCAUGUACGCGCUAACGAGACUAUUGGAUUACGCGGCUUAAUUAAUCUUGGCUCCACGUGUUUCAUGAAUUGCAUAGUGCAGGCAUUAAUACACACACCACUACUCUCUGAUUAUUUCUUAUCGGAGCGACACGAGUGCAACGCCAAGUCAUCAUUAAAAUGUCUCGUUUGUGAGGUUUCUCGAUUAUAUCAGGAAUUUUAUAGUGGCUCUCGCUCACCUUUAUCAUUGCACCGCCUAUUGCAUUUGAUCUGGAAUCAUGCAAAGCAUUUGGCCGGCUAUGAACAGCAAGACGCGCACGAAUUUUUCAUUGCCACGCUGGACGUGCUGCAUCGUCACUGCAUUAAAGCAAAAACGGAGUGUGAAAGUGUCAAUAAGCAGAAUAGUCCAACAUCGUCUGGUGUGUGUAGCACAGGAGGCGGUGGUAGUGGUAAUCAGCAUGGCAAUAGCAAUGCCAACAUGAAUAGCAACUGCCCGACGCAGUGUAACUGCAUAAUAGAUCAAAUCUUCACUGGAAUGCUGCAAAGCGAUGUGGUGUGUCAAGCGUGCAAGGGGGUUUCAACCACCAUCGAUCCAUUUUGGGAUAUAUCCUUGGAUUUGGGUGAGACAGCGCAUGGUGGCACUACGCCAAAGACGCUUAUAGAUUGUUUGGAGCGUUAUACACGCGCUGAACACCUCGGUGAAUCGGGGAAAAUCAAAUGUUCCACCUGCAAAUCAUACCAGGAGUCAACGAAACAAUUUAGCCUUCGCACACUGCCUAGUGUGGCCAGCUUCCAUUUGAACCGUUUCGAGUAUUCCACAUUGAUUGGCAAAAAAGUAUCCACGUUCAUUUCAUUCCCCGUUGAAUUCGAUAUGACGCCGUUCAUGUCGGAGAAAAAUAAUGCGUAUGGCGAUUUCCGUUACUCCCUCUAUGCGGUGGUCAAUCAUGUGGGCACCAUCGAUUCGGGUCACUAUAUUGCCUAUGUGCGACACCAUAAAGAUACAUGGGUGAAGUGUGAUGAUCAUAUCAUUACUACGGCUACGUUAAAGCAGGUGCUGGACAGCGAAGGCUAUUUACUAUUUUACCACAAGAACAUUUUGGAAUAUGAAUAGACUGGUUAAACGUAAUAAUAAUAUUAAUUAUAAAAUACAACAACAAACUACUACUCUUAGUACUACAUACGAAAACAAAAAGCAUACAAAUAUGAAAUCGUACCAUAGCAAACUACAUUUACAAUAACAAAUAAAACAAACAAAUAAUUAAGCUACUAUUAGUAAACGCCGUAAACAAACAGCUGAAGGUGCCCAGGGAAGAAGCAGGGUAGAGCAGCAGCAACAAACAGUAAGCAUUUCUAAGCACAUGCGAUAGUACAUACCAUAAAGUGGAGAAGAAAAACAAAAGCCCCGUGGGGAGCGGAGCAGUGAUAGAAGCAGAGAACGAUUUUGUGCAACUUUAGCUGACGGAUCAUGUGUUCGUGCUAAUGCGCGUUGUAUACGACGGGUGUGCGAGGCGGUGAUAGUGGUGGCGCAAA